AUGCAGAAAGAUGGCUUUGAUGUAUUACCGGUAACAAAUCCUAAUGACAUAAUCACGUGGUACAAUCCUAAAAAAGAGACCCUUUUUGUGGUAGAUGAUUUUUGUGGUACAUAUACAUUAAAUCCAAUAAAAUAUGAAAACUGGAAAAGUUGCGUGCAGAAAAUUAAUACAUUAGUAGAAAAACAACAUGUUAAAUUAAUUAUGUCUUGUAGACUACAGGUUUACAGAGAUGAACAAAUUAAAACUUUGUCACUUUUCCAGCCUUGUGAAUGUAAUCUUUUGACUGAAAAUCUGCGUUUAUCCAAAUCAGAAAAACAGUCAAUAGCUAAGUUUUAUCUGAAAGAAAAAGCUUCUAAGAUCAAAGGGUAUUAUGACACUUUUGACUGUUUUCCUCUUCUGUGUCAAUUAUACCACAAAAAUUCAAAACUGAAUGUUGUAGAUUUUUUCAAGAAUCCAUUUACAGUUUACAAAGAAGAAAUAGAUAACCUACAAACAGAAGGAGCACAUGGCAAAUACUGUGCACUCGCUUUAUGUGUGAUGUUCAAUAAUUGCUUGAAAGAAGAAUGGCUGACGGAAGAUGUGGAUAAAGAUAUUAAAAAAGUUAUUAAGAACACAUACGAAAGGUGUAAAGUGGUCAAAGGAACAUCUAGGUUGGUUCUACGUGACGAGCUGGAUUCAUUAAGUCAUACAUUUAUCAGAAAGGAGGGAAACAUUUACCGAACUAUUCAUGACAAACUUUUUGAUUUUCUCGCUUUCUACUUUGGUAGUGUAAUGAUUCAGAGUCUAAUAAAAAAUGCUACAAAUCGGUUAAUUCGUGAAAGGUUUUUAUUUGAAGAAAAAAGUACGAGUGAUGAGUUUACGAUUAUUGUACCAGAAAGAUAUCAACAAAUAUAUAUUAAAAGAAUGGUAGAUGACUGGUCAAAUGGAAAUAUAGAAGAUGUGUUCUGUAACAUCAACAUGAACAAUCAAAUCUUUAGACAAAGAUUCCUACUUCAUAUCAAAGGUUUGAAAAUAUUACAACAGAAACAAUUGGCUAGUACAUCUGACACUCAUAACAAUAGUACCCCACUGCUACAGUGUUGUUUUAAAGGAGAUAUUGAAUUGGUCAAAUGGUGUUUACAUCAUUGUCUCAGUAAUGUAAACCUUUGUCGUAUUGGUGGGGCGUCACCUCUGUUCAUGGCUUGCCAGGAAGGACAUACAGAUGUAGUUCUUUUAUUAAUAAACAAUAAGGCAGACGUAGAUAUUUGUAAUAAUAAGGUAGUAUCCCCUCUGAACAUUGCUUGUCAAAAAGGCCACACUGACGUAGUUAAGACGUUAAUACACAAUUCAGCAGACAUUAAUAAGUGUGGUGAAUCUGGCACGUCACCUCUGUUCAUGGCUUGUCAGAGAGGACUAACUGAGGUAGUUCAGACUUUAAUUAACAAAAAGGCAGAUAUCAAUGAGUGUAUUGCAACUGGAGCAUCCCCUCUGUUCGUUGCUUGUCAGCAAGGGCAUGCUGACGUAGUUCAGAUGUUAAUAGACAACAAGGCGGACAUUAAUAGGUGUCAUUAUAACGAAGCAUCACCUCUGUACAUGUCCUCUCAGCUAGGACAUACUGAAAUAGUUCAGAUGCUUAUUAACAAAAAAGCAGACGUUAAUAAGUGUUAUGAAACUGGAGCAUCUCCCCUGUUUAUUGCUUGUCAGCAAGGACAUACUGAAAUAGCGCAGAUGUUAAUAAAUAAUAAGGCAGACAUAAAUAAGUGUGAUAAUGAAAAAUUAUCACCGUUGUACAUGGCUUGUCAGAAAGGACAUACUGAAAUCGUCCAAAUGUUAAUUAAAAAUAACCCUGCAACGUCGAACAAUUACUUUCCCAUUAAAACCCUGUUAAAACCCAAGUAA